AUGACCCCCAUCCCCGUCCCCUCCUCCCCCAACCCCUCCUUCUCCAUUCACCCCUGCACCCCCGCCGACCUCCCCUCCAUGCUCACCAUCUACGACCUCGCCUUCGCAACCGACCCCUUCCGCCUAGCCCGCUGGCCCUCAUCCCACGUCCCCCCCUCCGUAUUCACCUCCUGGCUCGCCAAAGUCUUCACCAAGUAUCUCCAUACACCUCACACACACACCUGGAAACUUGUGGAAAAUUCCACAGGGAAUAUGGCAGGCUGGACGCAUUGGGCCGAACCGCAUGUGCUGAGUCGGGAAGAAGAAGAACGAGAGAAAUUAGAAGAGGAGAAGGAAGAGAGGGAGAGAAUAGAGAGAGGAGAGGGAAAGUUCCCGGAAGGUUCGGUAUUGGAUGUAUGCGAGGCGAAGGUACGGGGCUGGGAUAGGCUGAGAGAGAAGUGGUAUAAGAGAGAAGAAAUGUUUUUAAUCUACUUCCUCUCCAUCUCUCCCAGCUAUCAAAAACUCGGCCUUGGCACCCUUCUCCUCACCGCUAUCACAAAUCUCGCAGAUGCUCAAGACAAAAGUAGUUAUUUGGAAGCGACGGCCGCAGGGUAUCCGGUGUAUGUGCGCGCGGGGUUUAGGGAGGUGGAUUGUAUGGAGGUGGAUUUGGGGGGGCUUGGAGUGGGCAGGAAUUGGGCGAUGAUUAGAGGUGGGGGGAAAGAGUAG